UUAUGAGUAAGUUAUGUUUUCAAUUCCAAAAACACGUGAAGCUGCACUUGAAGUACUAGGAUUUAACCCAAAAGAUAAGCCAGGGGAAGGAGAGAUCAGAAAGGCAUAUUACAAGCUUGUACUCAAGUGGCAUCCUGACAAGUUGCAAAUUGCAGAUAAAGCACAGAAAGAAAUUGCGAAAGGAAACACGCAAGCAAUAAAUCAAGCAUAUGCUAUCUUAACAGGCAAGGAAGUAGCUAAAGUUGAGGAAAAUUUUAACAAAAUGACUGUCCAGGAAAUCAUGGAAUUUCUAUUUGGGUCACACUUAAGUUCUGACGGAUCUAAAAGAAGACUAUAUUUAUUUGCUGCUCUUAACGAGGGAUUAUUGCUAGAAGCAACAUGCUUUCUAGUAGGAGGAAAGAUAAACAAAGAAGGAGAGUUAGUAAAAAAGGAGAAAAAAUAUAAAUAUGUUGAGAAUAUUAAUAUAAGAACUAAACCUAACAAGCAAAAUAUAGAACAUAAAGCACCACUGCAUUAUAUUAUAGAAAAGACUUGCAAAAACCCCAAUACUGGUUGGGAAACACUCCUUGAAGAAACUUUACAAAAAAGAAUUGGUACUGAAAACGCCGUAGAUACUAAUAUUAGUGAUAAAGAUGGUGUUUCCCCAAUGCACAUAGCUGCCAGGUAUGGACGCGUGGACUUGAUGGAAAUCUUGGUUGAGCAUGGAGCAGAUGUAAAUGUGCUUGAUAAUAAGCAACGCAGUCCCCUAGAUGAAGCUGCUGAUAACAAUCAUAUUGAAGCUGUAAAAUUUCUUCUAGGUGAAGGUGCUACAAUUAGUGAGAAUGUGAAGACUAAUGUCAAUCAGAAAAAAUAUCGCCCUGAAAUGAUAGCAAUGAUUUCAGGUCAUCCUUCUUUUGAAACAAAAAAUCAAACAACAGCAGAAUCUUGCAAAGGAAAUAAAACUAAUCCUGUCAGUAUACCACAAGGGACUGCUACAUUAAAACCAAUGCCAGAACCUACAGUAAUGCAAGACAGUGCCUCAGAUAAUAAACAAAACAACGGUCAAGGCAGUAGUAGUUCACCACAAGAGACCGCCACGUCAAAACCAACACCAGGACCGACAAUAAUUCCAGAAAGCACUUUAAAUAGCAACCAAAACGGUACAUCAAAAACAUCAAUAAUAACUCAGAGUAGCAGUUCAGAUAACAGCCAAAGCAAUAAUAAUACACGAUCUUUACUUAUAGGAUUGGCUAUAGUUGCUGGGGCAGUAAUAGGUGCUGUUGCACUAUACUUCUUUGCUCCAUUAAUUUUUGGUACCAGUAUUGGAAUUGGUGCUCAGUUAGGGUUAGGAAUUGCAGGUGCAGCUAUAGGCGGUGGUAUUGGUUAUCUUACUAAUGUGGCAAUCAGUCAAUGUUGCAGUAGUAAAGCACAUGCUGCUUAGUUUGCAAAAGCUAUGACCUUACCCAGAAAAAGUAGACAGGAAGUUAAGACGUUUUUGAAACCUCAGUUACGGACUAGAAAUAGGUGAAAAAGCCAAGGAAAUAGGGUAAACUCCAGGGUAAUGAUGAGGUAAAAAUUGCAGAAAAAUGUUGUGAUUCCAUACCCGUAAAAAACCGCUAACGGCAAAGCAAAAAGAACAUAAUAGGAAGCUGGUAUCGUUCAGGAGGUGGGUGGAAAAUAAGAUCAGCGAGAUCAAAUGUUUACCGCAAUUUUAGCAACAUGAGGUUUAACACUCCCAACUGUCAGGAGGUAAUUUACAUGCUGUCAGCCACUUCAUAUAACUAUUUUAUGAAACUUUCAACACUUAUGGGCCUUAC